AUACGCGCAAACAGAGCAGCAGACUAAUCAGCCGAGACUCUGCUGUAACUUCUCCUGUUUGUGUUUGCACUCCGCAGAGGAAUCUCUCACCUCACAGAAGCAGCCAUGGAUGAAAUGGAGGAAGAGUUAAAAUGCCCUGUUUGUGGCUCUUUUUACCGGGAGCCCAUCAUACUGCCGUGCUCCCACAACAUUUGCCUGGCUUGUGCUCGGAAUAUCCUUGUGCAGACCCCCGACGCUGAGUCCCCACAGAGCAGCCGAGCCUCCGGAUCCGGCGUCUCUGACUAUGAUUAUCUGGAUUUGGAUAAAAUGAGUUUAUACAGUGAGGCGGACAGUGGAUACGGUUCCUACGGUGGCUUCAUCAGCGCUCCGACCACCCCUUGCCAAAAAUCACCGAACGGAGUGCGGGUUUUCCCCCCGAGUGUCCCCCAGCCUCCUCCGCAACAGCACCUACUACCGCAGCCCGGCUCUUUACCCCCGAUCCCCCGCAACUCCUGUAUCACUUGCCCGCAGUGUCACCGCAGCCUCAUCCUGGACGACCGGGGGCUCCGCGGAUUCCCCAAGAACCGGGUGCUAGAGGGGGUUGUUGACAGGUAUCAGCAGAGCAAAGCGGCCGCUCUCAAGUGUCAGCUCUGCGAGAAAAGUCCGAAGGAGGCCACCGUGAUGUGCGAACAGUGCGACGUGUUCUACUGCGACCCAUGCCGCCUCCGGUGCCAUCCUCCCCGCGGUCCCCUCGCCAAGCAUCGCCUGGUGCCGCCAGCGCAGGGGCGGAUAAGUCGCCGCGCGAGUCCCCGCAAAAUCUCCACUUGCACCGAGCACGAACUGGAGAAUCUAAGCAUGUACUGUGUACAGUGUAAGAUGCCUGUGUGUUAUCAGUGUUUGGAAGAAGGAAAACACGGCACACAUGAAGUCAAAGCUCUGGGCGCAAUGUGGAAACUGCACAAGGGUCAGCUGUCUCAAGCUCUCAACGGCCUGUCAGACCGAGCCACUGAGGCCAAGGAGUUCCUGGUUCAGCUGAGAAACAUGGUGCAGCACAUCCAGGAGAAUGGAGUGGAGUUUGAGGCCUGUUUGGUGGCGCAGUGCGAUGCCCUCAUUGAUGCCCUGAAUCGACGCAAGGCCCAGCUGCUGUCUCGAGUAAACAAAGAGCAUGAACACAAACUGAAGGUGGUUCGGGAUCAGAUCUCCCACUGUACGGUGAAGCUGCGUCAGACUACAGGGCUGAUGGAGUACUGUCUGGAGGUCAUCAAGGAGAAUGACCCCAGUGGUUUCCUGCAGAUCUCAGAUGCUUUGAUCCGGAGGGUUCACAUGACAGAGGGCCAGUGGGGGAAGGGAACCCUCACCCCCAGAAUGACAAGCGACUUUGACCUCACUCUGGACAGUGGACCCCUCCUGCAGACGAUCCACCAGCUGGACUUUGUCCAAAUGAAAGUCCCAGCUGCUCCCAUGCUCCAGCUGGAGGAAUGCUGCACUCAGAACAACAGUGCCACGUUGUCAUGGAAACAGCCACCGCUCUCCACCAUCGCCGUGGAUGGUUACAUCCUGGAGCUGGACGAUGGAAACGGGGGGCCGUUCAGGGAAGUGUACGUGGGGACAGAGACCAUCUGCACAGUGGACGGGCUCCACUUCAACAGCACAUACAAGUCCAGAGUGAAGGCCUUUAACGCCAGUGGAGUGGGCCAGUACAGCAAGACACUGAUCAUGCAGACCUCUGAGAUUGCUUGGUUCACCUUUGACCCAGCCUCCGCUCACCCGGACAUCAUCCUCUCCAACGACAACCUGACGGUGACGUGCAACAGCUAUGACGACAGGGUGGUCAUGGGUAACUCAGCUUUCUCCCGCGGCGUUCAUUACUGGGAAAUGACCAUUGAUCGCUAUGAUAAUCACCCGGACCCGGCCUUCGGGAUUGCUCGGGGGGACGUCCUGAAGGAUGUGAUGCUGGGGAAGGAUGACAAGGCCUGGGCCAUGUAUGUGGACAACAACCGCUCCUGGUUCAUGCACAACAACUCGCACACCAACAGGACAGACGGUGGCAUCAGUAAAGGAUCUACUAUAGGAGUGCUGCUUGACUUCACACGCAGGAUCCUUAUCUUCCUCAUCAAUGAUGAGCAGCAGGGUCCUGUGGCUUUUGAAGGCUUGGAGGGCGUCUAUUACCCUGCUAUCAGCAUCAACCGAAAUGUCCAGGUUACACUGCACACUGGAUUACCCAUCCCUGAUUUCUACACCCCUGGGGAGGCUGAUCCUAAUGGCUCUGUGUGCUAAAGACUCACCACUACCCACACUGGUUGGGGGAAAACCUCUCCAGGAUUUCGCAAUGUUCAUCCUGCCAGUAAAUAACUAUGAUCCCAGCCUCACCCUCUACUACCCAACUCGUCUUGUCCCCCUGCCCCAUGACUCUCUGUUAGAGGCCCCAUCCAGCGCUGAGCCAUGCCUUUAUCAUGCCUAAACCUUGGACACAUGGACCAUCUGCAGCACAGUGUCAAAAUGUACAGUGCUUUGCAAUCUGUACCUUGUAUUUUGACAAAAUGCAGAUAAUUGAGGAACGUGAAAUCGUGUUGAGAAAUAAUUGUGAUCGCAAGCUGAUGGACCUGGUAUUAUUGGCCGUGAUCAUAAUAUGUACGAAAAGGAAUUGUUUGACAGUUAUCAGUCUAUUAGCUUAGCUUAGCUUAGCAUAAAGCCUGGAAACAUGGGGAAACAUCUACAGCAGCCUAGCUCUGUCCAAAGUUCUACCAACACUCUAAAGCUCACUUAUUAAAUCAUUAUAUCUCAUUUGUUUCAUCUGUACAAAAACAGAAAUGUAAAAACGAUAUGUUGUGGUUUCACAGGCACAAAAAAUAGCAACAGAACUGCUCAUAAAAACACAACAUAACAUGUUAAUACGUGAUAUUUAGAGGUUCUGGUAUGUGGAUUUGUUACUUUUAGACAGAGCCAGACUAGCUGUUUACCUUUCUUUCCAGUAAUUUAAGCUAAACAGCUGCUGGCUGUAGUUUCAUAUUUAGCAUAUGGCCAUGAAAGUGGUCUCGGCCCUUUCAUAUAAAUCGUGCCAAGAAAGCAAAUAAGCACAUUUCCUCAAAUAUUGAACUACUCCUUUAUGGUUGUUUUGUAAAUGAGUUGACUUAUUAAAAGUAUCCCCCGUCAUAAGAUCAACUUACAGUUCAGUAUAUUUUAUUCUUAAUUCGGAUCCUUAUUUCCUAAAAAGCAAUUAAUUUCAAUUUUAUUUAUAUAGCACCAAUUCAUAACAGAAGUUUCACUUUUCAUAUAGAGCAGAUCUAGACCGUACUCUUACUUUACAGAGACCCAACAAUUCCCUCCAUGAUCAAAACUCUCUUUUAACAGGUAGAAACCUUGAGCAGGACCAGAAAAGGUAAUAAUAGUAAUAAUGAUAGCAAUAACAAUAAUAGCACUGAUAAUAAUUUGUAGCAGCGGGUGUCGAGCUGGAACAUGGGAGCAGUAGGUGGCUGGCAACCACAGAUCCAGACUCCACAGCUCCGGAGGCAGAAACACCUGUAGAAAGCAACAGAAUGACAGAGAAGAGGGACAAGAAAACACAAAACUACGAGAGAGAGAGAGGAAGUCAAGUUCAUAACAUGCAUUAAUGGGUUAAGCAUACAGAUGGAGCGGGAGAGGAGGAGAGAGGAGCUCAGUGCAUCAUGGGAAGUCUCCUGGCAGUCUAGGCCUAUAGCAGCAUAAAUAAGGGAUGGUUCAGAACUCACCUAAGCCAGCCCUAACUAUAAGCUUUAUCAGGGGAAAGUCUUACUCUAAAAUGUGGAGAUGGUGUCUGCCUUCUGCACCCAAACUGAGACCUGAUUCCACAGGUGAGGGGCUUGAUAUCUCAAGGCUCUGGCUCCCAAUCUACUUUUGGAGACUCUAUGAACCACAAGUAACUCUGGGGUUCUGGUGGGGUAAUAAGGAACUAUGAGCUCUUUAUGAUAAGAUGGUGCCUGACCAUUAGGAGCUGUGGAGUUAAAGGACAUAUCCUGAUCAAAGAUACUCCCAGCCAGAUUUCAGUAAGACAAAAUAAAUCAAAAUGAUAAUCUGAUAUUAAAUCAUUUACUAGUACAGCUUUAGAUGAAAGAGAAUUCCACAUUUAAUUCUCCUAUUUUCUUUGGAAAUGUAUUUAUUAUUUAUUUGUUCUGGGUAACUGCUUUAAAAAGGACACAUUAACAAAUCAAAAAUCCUGUGUAUUUCUUUUCCUGCCGUCAGUCAUGAACAUCCUUACACAGUGAAAUCACCAGGGGGAGGAUGAGAGGUGUUCUUUUUGUGUUUGUGUGAAUGUGUGUGAGGGGGGUGGAUGGGUUGAGACUUAUCAGCAGCUGCAACGAUCCCUGGACGAGAGCAAUAGUCUGAUUCUCAGCCGCGUCCCUGUCGUACCCUCAUCCGUGUACAUGAGAUGCUUUUCUUAGUGGCUUAGCUCAUGUGAACCUUCUGUAUCGUCUGUAAAAAACUAUUUCAAAAUACAGCUUCAGCAUAUGAAAUGCUACGGGAAGCAAGGCCUUCAUGCAGCCUCUUCUCUGCGGUGCAGCUCUUAAAACAGGAGGGGCGGAUUUUGGUCUGAUGUAUCAUAAAAGUGGGAUUUUCUGUGCAUUGAUGGAUGUUGAAAAUGGUUUGAAGAUGAUUGUGUUGUUUGAAUAAGGUGCUACAGCAGCUCGCUUCAUUCUGGCUUUUUUUACUCUAGGUGACUGAAUCCUGGUAGUUUUGUAAUAUUGUUUUUGAAAUGAUCUAUAGCAGAAAAGUGUAUAGCUAAAUACUGUAACUUAUUGAUGUUCAGAGUUUUUCAAUGAGAAUUCAUCAUUAUUUCUUUAUUUGAUGUAUACUUAUUACAGAAAGAAAGCAACUGAAUCUUUUUGUCGCUUUAAAAAUGUGGUCUGGAGUUUGUUCUUGAAUUGAAAAAAGGCUUUUCAGUAAUCGUGAGAACCAGUUUAUGUCCUACUAAAGCAACUGGAAAGGUGGUGAUGCACUGGGAUGGAUUUGUGGCGUCGCAUUUGGGCAACAGCCUCCUCAACAGGCAACAGUGUCAGACAGAAUUUUUUAAAGACCAAGCCAUGCUAGCUGUUAUGUGAUGUGUACUAAGCUACAUGCUAAUGUUGUGAUGCUAACAUGCAGAUGUUAUAUGCAGGUUUGAUGUUUACCAUGUUCACCAUCAUAGUUUUGCGGAUUAGGUAUUCUAGAUUAGUUUUAGUAUUGCAGGUAAAGUAUUUGACUAAUUUAAAUAUUGACCUGAUGAUGGAGUGAGAGAAAUUCAUUUUUAUUAAAAUUCAUCAUGAUGAGAACAUGAA